AUGCACGGAGCAUCCCCCGGGGCCGCGGCUGCCGGCAGCUCCUGGGUCGCUCCUCCAGCUCCUCCCGCCCCCGCCACGGCCCCGGCCCCGGUCUCGCGGCGCCUCCUGCAGGCCAGAGCGGCCCCGGCCCGGCGGCUGCGAGGAACCGGCGCUGCUGAGCCCGGGCCCGAGGGGUGCAGCUCCGGGAGGGGCCCCGCGACCCUGGAGCGGGUGUCGGUCGAUCCCGGAGCCGAGCAGCUGGAGGAUGCUCCGGGCCCGCCACAGCAGCCCCGGCGGCUCCUGCCCCUCGCGGGGGAGUCUCACUGCCCCACGCAGGAGCCGCAGCCCCGGCCUCUCGCCGCCCCACGCGGGAGCUUCAGCCCCGGCCUCUCGCCGCCCCACGCAGGAGCCGCAGCCCCGGCCUCUCGCCGCCCCACGCGGGAGCUUCAGCCCCGGCCUCUCGCCGCCCCACGCAGGAGCCGCAGCCCCGGCCUCCCGCUGCCCCACGCGGGAGCCGCAGCCCCAGCCUCCCGCUGCCCCACGCAGGAGCCGCAGCCCCGGCCUCCUGCUGCCCCACGCAGGAGCCGCAGCCCCUACUCCCGCUGCCCCACGCAGGAGCCGCAGCCCCGGCCUCUCGCCGCCCCACGCAGGAGCCGCAGCCCCAGCCUCCCGCUGCCCCACGCAGGAGCCGCAGCCCCGGCCUCCUGCUGCCCCACGCAGGAGCCGCAGCCCCGGCCUCUCGCUGCUCCACGCAGGAGCCGCAGCCCCGGCCUCUCGCCGCCCCACGCAGGAGCCGCAGCCCCGGCCUCUCGCCGCCCCACGCAGGAGCCGCAGCCCCGGCCUCCGCUGCCCCUGUGCGUGCGGGGACGGGACCGCAGCGUCUCGGGGCACCGGUAG